AUGACACCCUCUGCCUCGCGCACGGUGCUGCCAUGCAGCGUGGCAGAAUUUGCGCUGUCGCACUCUCCACGAUCAGCCCCACCUUCGCCGUCAUCGCCAGUGUUGUUCAUGGACGAGUAUUUGCCGUCGAAUAUCCGCAAGCUGCGACGACCGAGUCUGCUGGGGACAGGCUCGGCCACGUUCCGCCCGAGCCCGAGUGCGCCUCACUCUCCGCUUGCGAGCAGCUCGUUUGGGCUGGACGAUGCGCGGCGGAGAACGCGGUCCAAGUCGGCGGUGAGACCGAGUACGCGGACACGGCCAUCCAACUCCAAUUCCAAUUCCGAGUCGUCGAGCGGCAGUCCCGCACCCGCCAUGCUCCUCGAUCCAUGCUCUCGCCCCACCACGCCCCCCGCCAGGAUCCCCCAUCGCCGCACACUCAGCAGUGGCACCCCGUUCAAGCUGCCCCGCCUGCUCUCUAUCCAAUCAGAGCUCUCCAACCCCGCCGACAUAGAGCUCAAGUCCGAGGCAUCGUUCCAGCGCUUGCUCGCCUCCAACGCCGACCUGCCAGGUGCAUUUCAUCCCCACCCUCGUCCCCGCCGCCGAGACCGUGGCCGCUUUCCCGAGGCCUAUCUCGACGACGAUGAUGUGGUCGACAGCGACGAUGACGACGAGGUCAUGCUUCCCAAGGAAUUCCCCAUGGACGAUGUCCUUGAUAGUCCCGCCAGGAUGGACGUUGAUAUGGGCUCGUAUGGCUCUCCGCCCGUUCUGAACAGCCUGUUCUCGAUGAAGUCAUGGAGGCAGACGCCUCCUCCGACCGUUGCUCCUUCUCGAAUUGCCAAGCGCAAGCUCGACGACAGAUACGAACCGUACCCCCAAAAGCGCCGCGCCCUCUCUCCUCCACCUUCCACAUCCACAUCUUCCUCCUCCGCAUCUAAUUCAAAUGCCCAGUUUAAUCUCUCGCUGCCGCCCAGCACAACCCCUCGUUCCCCCAUCACCACCGCCGCCCCGUCUCCCCGCCCCAUCCCCACCUCCUCCAUCUCCAGCUCAAACCUCGCCUCGACAUCGAGUCUCGCCCCGUCUGCGCCGAUAUCCAUCCCCGCACGCACACCAAGCAAAGUAUCCUACACCUACUCUCCCGCCGGCGGAGGGCUCUUUGGCUCUCCCAUCAUCUCCAGUCCCGUUCUGAGGCCCGUCCGCUUCGGUCUGAGCACCCGCGGCGAAAAAGAGGUAGAUGGUGCCGGGAACGGGGUCAGGAGUUUGGAUUUGGGCGGGUAG